CAAAUACACGUCAACCAACGUCAACAAUAUAAUUUCAAGCUUACGUUUUUACAAAACGCCGAUUUUUGUAUUGUUUACAUAUAGUUAAAAGUGAAAAUGAUAAGGUACCGAGGAAAAAAGAAAGUUUUGGAUAAAGUCAAGGAACUAGACGCGUUUCCAAAAGUUCCCGAGGAAUAUGUAGACAGCACGUCGGUUAGCGUGACUUUCUCUGUUAUCACUUUUUUUAUUGUUGCUUGGUUAAUUUAUAGCGAAGUUACGUAUUACCUAGACAGUAAUUUAGUGUUUAAAUUUAUGCCAGACAUUGAUAUGGACGAGAAAUUACAUAUAAAUAUUGAUAUUACAGUUGCUAUGCCAUGUUCCAACUUAGGAGCGGAUAUUUUGGACUCCACGUCACAAAGUGUCUUUGGCUUUGGUGAAUUACAGGAAGAAGACACAUGGUUUGAAUUAACACAAGAACAACAGGACGCGUUCGACGCUGUUAAAUAUCUGAAUUCCUAUUUACGAGAAGAAUACCAUUCAAUUUGGCAAUUGCUUUGGAAGAAAGGCCACGGGUCUGUAAGAGCUACAGUACCGCCUAGAAAGAAUCGUCCGAAUCGACGACCAGAUGCGUGUAGACUUCAUGGAGUUUUGACAUUAAAUAAAGUAGCCGGAAACUUCCAUAUAACAGCAGGAAAGAGUUUACACUUACCAACAGGGCAUAUACAUUUAAACAUGUUAUUUGAUGAUACUCCACAGAAUUUCAGCCACAGAAUACAUAGAUUAAGCUUCGGUAAUCCAGCUAAUGGGAUAAUAUAUCCAUUGGAAGGCGAUGAAAAAAUUACAAAUGAACAAAAUAUGCUCUAUCAAUAUUUCGUAGAAGUGGUACCUACAGAUGUGGAAAUUACAUUAGAUUCUAUAAAAACCUUUCAAUAUUCCGUCAAAGAAUUGGAAAGACCAGUAAGUCAUAGUAAAGGUUCACAUGGAGUUCCAGGGAUUUUCUUCAAAUAUGAUAUGGCAGCAUUAAAAAUAAAAGUAUACCAAGAGAGAGAAAACCCACUGAAAUUCAUUUUACGACUUUACUCUGUUAUCGGUGGUAUUUAUGUGUUAGGUAGUUUUAUUAACACAGUUGUGUCUACAAUAAGGACAGUUUAUAUUGAUAAACCACACACAGUGUUGAGAAAUGAGAAUAUUGAAAAGAAAAAAUAUGAAAAUCCAUUACUACUGUCUACAGAUUUAGAUGUUCCAGUUGAUUUAAUAAAACAAUGACAAUGUUAAUAAUUAGUUUUAAGUAAAAUAAUUUGAAUUAACAACAAAUUGAUUU